GGCGAAAUCGUCCAUCACCAGAAAAGGAAGGUGGCAAGACUAUUCCUUCGACUGGGAGCGAGAAAAGGAGUUGUACUACGAGCGCCAGUCGUCAGUAGGUGCAGGGGAGGUGUGGGUAUGUUCAGGGGACAGGUGAACCCAGUGACAGGACGGCAGGAGUGGGUGGCGGAGGAGAGAGACGUAGAGUCAGAGGAUGGAGACCUGUCUUGCGAGCUGGCCAGGUCCCAGUACGGAGACAUGCUCCAUGACACUGCCAGGAACCAGCUGUACUGCCAGGCUAUAGAAAAGGCGGUGUCUGAUAUGAAGGCCAAAGGGAGAGCAGCUCACGUCCUGGACAUUGGUACUGGCACUGGGCUGCUGUCAAUGAUGGCAGCACGAGCUGGGGCUGCUAGAGUCACCGCCGUUGAGGUGAUGCGUCCCAUGGUGAGGAUAGCUCGAGAGGUGAUAUCUGCCAACGGUUACAGCGACACCAUCAGGGUGGUGGGCAAGAGGUCGACAGAUAUGACAGAGAAUGACAUGGAGGGAGGCAGGGCUAACAUUCUGGUGACCGAGGUCUUUGACACUGAGCUGAUAGGAGAGGGAGCUCUGAUCACGUAUUCUCAUGCCCUCCAGAACCUCAUGGAGCCAGACUGUAUAGUCAUUCCAGACUCAGUCACUGUGAAUGUUCAACUGGUGAGGAGUGAAUUCCUCUGGCGUCAUCACAAGCUCAUUCCUGAGGCACUCCCAGGUAGUGUGACGGUGCCAGCUGACUGGAGAAAGUGUCCUGGAGCACCAUCGCUGUGGGACCUACAUGCCGAACAGCUACAGAUCCCUCAGCAGAUGAACACCCUGUCUGACCCCACCCAUAUAGCAAAGUUCAAACUAUCGGAUCCAGGUCUGUCCUCAGACCGUUCUGUCCAGGAGGUGGUGGUACCGGUGUCUCAGGGUGGGACAUGCCACGGAGUCCUCAUGUGGUGGACUGCUGACAUGAGUGAGGCAGAACUCUCCAUGUCUCCCUGGGACUACACCCAGUGGAGGGACCACUGGCUGCAGGCUGUUCAGCUCCUACCAGAGCCUCUCAAUGUGAAGAAAGGGCUGUGGUUAGGGAGCAGGGAGAUGUUGCAGGUGUCAAUAACUGGUGCUGAUUGGAAAGGACAAUAGAAUUCCUUGUGGCUAGGGCGAUGUUGCAGGUGUCAAUAACUGGU